CGGCAGCGCGGCGGAGGCGAAGGCCAGCUUCCGCGGAGUUUGUGCCCAGGCUUCCCGGGCUCCGGCCGCCUCACGCGCACAAAUGGGGCUAGGGGACAGACUGGUAAGCAACUACGAGUGUUAGACGGUGUUCGGCGGCGAUUCCGGGAAAAGCGAGGAAAGACACCGUCUGCAAUUAUGCCGCACCCCCCACCCACCUCUUAGCAUCUGGAUUCUGCUCUCAGGGGGCCUCGGACCCUCCCCGCCAAACCCUUUCACUCUGCAGCUCUCCCACCGCCUACCCCGCUUCCUCGACCAUCUGACUCUCCUAGGGGGUCGGCGUGGCCAAGGACGGCUAGUCUCGGAGGGAAAGUAGCCACCAGUCCAACUCAGGUCGCCCCCAUUAUUUCUUCGGGGGAGUGGCCACAGCUGGUCUCUGGUGGUGAGUGGCUGUCAUGAUCUCUACAGCCCCGCUCUACAGCGGCGUGCACAACUGGACCAGUUCUGACCGGAUUCGCAUGUGUGGCAUCAACGAAGAGAGAAGAGCACCUCUUUCUGAUGAGGAGUCCACGACAGGUGACUGCCAGCGCUUUGGAUCUCAGGAGUUUUGUGUCAGCAGCAGUUUUUCCAAGGUGGAGCUCACAGCAGUUGGAGGUGGCAGCAAUGCCCGGGGGGCAGACCCAGAUGGCAGUGCAACAGAAAAGCUUGGGCACAAGUCAGAAGACAAGCCUGACGACCCCCAGCCGAAAAUGGACUAUGCUGGGAACGUGGCAGAGGCUGAAGGCCUCUUGGUGCCGCUGAGCAGCCCAGGAGACGGGCUCAAGCUGCCCACUGCUGACAGUGCCGAGGCCGGCAACAGCAGGGCUGACUGCUCCUGGACUCCCCUCAGCACCCAAAUGAGCAAACAGGUGGACUGCUCACCAGCUGGGGUAAAGGCUUUAGACUCUCGGCAUGGUGUCGGGGAGAAGAACACUUUCAUUUUGGCAACUCUGGGAACUGGGGUCCCCGUGGAGGGAACCCUGCCUCUGGUUACCACUAACUUCAGUUCGCUGCCAGCCCCCAUCUGUCCCCCUGCUCCCAGUUCGGCCUCUGUCCCCCCGUCUGUUCCAGAUCCAUUCCAGGUUCCCCUCUCUGUCCCUGCCCCAGUGCCCCAUUCCGGGCUAGUUCCUGUCCAGGUUGCCACUUCGGUUCCAGCUCCUUCCCCUCCCUUAGCACCAGUCCCGGCUCUGGCUCCGGCACCACCAUCAGUGCCCACACUCAUCUCUGAUUCGAACCCCCUUUCAGUUUCGGCCUCAGUCCUGGUGCCCGUGCCAGCUUCUGCUCCCCCCUCUGGCCCCGUUCCCCUGUCAGCUCCAGCCCCUACCCCUCUCUCAGUCCCAGUUUCAGCUCCUCCCUUGGCUCUGAUCCAGGCUCCCGUGCCUCCUUCGGCUCCGACCCUGGUCCUCGCACCUGUCCCCACUCCAGUUCUGGCUCCCAUGCCAGCAUCCACACCUCCAGCAGCUCCCGCCCCUCCGUCAGCGCCGAUGCCUACCCCAACCCCAUCCUCUGGCCCGCCUUCUACCCCUACCCUCAUCCCUGCCUUUGCUCCUACGCCAGUGCCUGCACCCACCCCGGCCCCAAUCUUUACUCCAGCCCCCACGCCCAUGCCGGCUGCCACACCAACUGCCAUUCCCACCUCUGCACCCAUCCCGGCCUCCUUUAGUUUGAGUCGAGUGUGUUUUCCUGCAGCUCAGGCACCAGCUAUGCAAAAAGUCCCCCUGUCCUUUCAGCCAGGGACAGUACUGACCCCGAGCCAGCCGCUGGUAUAUAUCCCGCCUCCGAGCUGUGGGCAGCCACUCAGUGUGGCCACACUGCCAACCACCCUGGGGGUCUCCUCCACUCUUACACUCCCUGUGCUGCCAUCCUACCUGCAGGACAGGUGUCUCCCUGGCGUGCUGGCCUCCCCCGAGCUACGGUCUUAUCCAUAUGCAUUUUCUGUGGCCCGGCCUCUGACUUCAGAUUCCAAACUGGUCUCUCUGGAGGUGAACAGGCUCCCCUGUGCUUCCCCAUCCGGCAGCACCAGCACCCAGCCUGCGCCCGAUGGGGUCCCCGGGCCUUUGGCAGAUACUUCCCUCUCUACUGCGUCUGCCAAGGUGCUUCCAACUCCACAGCCUUUGCUGCCAGCCCCCAGUGUGAGCUCAGCCCCACCACACCCCGCCAAGAUGCCAGGUGGCACUGAGCAGCAAACAGAAGGGACUUCCGUCACCUUCUCUCCCCUCAAGUCACCUCCACAGCUGGAGCGAGAGAUGGCCUCUCCACCCGAGUGCAGCGAGAUGCCCCUCGACCUCUCUUCCAAGUCCAACCGCCAGAAGCUUCCAUUGCCGAACCAACGCAAGACGCCCCCCAUGCCCGUGUUGACCCCCGUGCACACCAGCAGCAAGGCCCUCCUCUCCACAGUCCUGUCUAGGUCUCAGCGCACAACGCAGGCUGCCGGCAGCAGCGUCACCUCAUGCCUGGGCUCCACUUCUUCACCCUUCGUCAUCUUUCCUGAGAUUGUGAGAAAUGGGGAUCCGAGUACCUGGGUGAAGAACUCAACUGCGUUGAUCAGCACCAUUCCUGGCACCUACGUGGGAGUGGCCAACCCAGUGCCUGCCUCCCUGCUGCUGAACAAAGACCCCAACCUGGGCCUCAACCGAGACCCCCGCCACCUCCCCAAGCAGGAGCCCAUCUCCAUCAUCGAUCAAGGAGAGCCUAAGAGCACUGGUGCCCCCUGUGGCAAAAAGGGCAGCCAGGCUGGGACUGAGGGACAGCCAAGCACAGUCAAACGUUACACCCCAGCCCGCAUCGCCCCUGGGCUGCCGGGGUGCCAAACCAAGGAGCUCUCUCUGUGGAAGCCCACGGGGCCAGCAAAUAUUUACCCACGGUGUUCAGUCAAUGGGAAACCCACCAGCACCCAGGUCCUGCCUGUUGGCUGGUCACCAUAUCACCAAGCAUCUCUGCUUUCCAUUGGCAUUUCCAGUGCCGGGCAGCUGACCCCCAGUCAGGGGGUGCCCAUCAAGCCCACCAGCGUCGUUUCUGAGUUUUCUGGUGUGCCAUCUCUUGGCCCCAGUGAAGCUGUGCAUGGACUUCCUGAGGGGCAACCACGGCCUGGGGGCCCCUUUGCUCCAGAGCAGGACGCUGGCACAAAGAACAAAACUUGCCGGAUUGCUGCCAAGCCUUACGAAGAACAAGUUAACCCUGUCCUUCUGACUCUCAGCCCUCAGACAGGGACCCUGGCGCUGUCUGUUCAGCCUAGCAGUGGGGACAUAAGAGUGAAUCAGGGGCCUGAGGAAUCAGAGAGCCACCUCUGCCCUGAUGGCACUCCUAAGAUGGAAGGCCCCCAGGGGGCUUGUGGCCUGAAGCUGGGAGGAGACACAAAGCCUAAGAACCAAGUGCUGGCCACCUACAUGUCCCAUGAGCUGGUCCUGGCCACGCCCCAGAACCUACGCAAGAUGCCCGAGCUGCCUUUGCUACCUCAUGACAGCCGGCCCAAGGAACUUAUCUUGGAUGUGGUCCCGAGCAGCAAGCGGGGCUCCAGCACAGAGCUUUCGCAGCUUGGAAGCCAGGUGGACCUGGGGCGGGUGAAAAUGGAGAAGGUGGAUGGUGAUGUGGUCUUCAAUUUAGCUACCUGCUUCCGGGCCGAUAGCCUCCCAGCAGCUCCCCAGCGGGGCCAAGCGGAAGUGAGGAAUAAGGCCGGGCAGGCUCGAGUGAAACAGGAGAGCAUAGGCGUCUUUGCUUGCAAAAACAAGUGGCAGCCAGACUCGGGGGCGACCGAUGGGGUGACCGAAUCUCUGCCGCCCAAGAAAAUGAAGUGUAGCAAAGACAAGGAUGGUGAGGAGCCGCAGCCACAAACCAAGGUCAUAGUCCGGAGUUCCCAUGGACCCAAGUGCCGGAAGCUGCCUAGUGACCCCCAGGAACCCACCAAGAAAAGCCCCAGGGGGGCUCCAGAUUCAGGAAAAGAGCACAAUGGAGUCAGGGUAAAGCACAAGCACCGGAAGCCAACAAAGCCGGAGUCCCAGUCUCCAGGAAAACGAGCUGAUGGCCACGAGGAAGGUUCCUUGGAGAAGAAAGCAAAGAGCAGUUUCCGUGACUUCAUCCCUGUGGUUCUGAGCACCCGGACACGCAGUCAGUCUGGAAGCAUCUGUAGCUCCUUUGCUGGUAUGGCAGACAGUGACACGGGAAACCAGGAAGUCUUCCCCACAGAGGAGGAAGAGGAGGUGACCCCUACCCCGGCUAAGCGUCGAAAGGUGAGAAAGACCCAACGGGACACCCAGUAUCGCAGCCACCAUGCCCAGGACAAGACUCUGCUGAGCCAGGGCCGCAGGCACCUGUGGCGAGCCCGAGAAAUGCCCUGGAGGACAGAGGCUGCCCGGCAAAUGUGGGACACCAAUGAGGAGGAGGAGGAAGAUGAGGAGGAGGGCCUGGUGAAGAGGAAGAAACGGAGGCGGCAGAAGAGCCGAAAAUAUCAGACUGGGGAGUACCUGACUGAGCAAGAAGAAGAGCAGCGGCGGAAAGGGAGAGCAGAUUUAAAGGCCCGUAAGCAGAAGACUUCCUCCCAAAGUUCGGAGCACCGCCUCAGGAACAGGAACCUUCUCUUGCCCAACAAAGCCCAGGGGAUCUCGGAUUCACCAAAUGGUUUCCUCCCAAAUAACCUGGAGGAGCCAGCCUGCCUUGAAAAUUCAGAGAAGCCAUCAGGAAAACGAAAGUGUAAGACCAAGCACAUGGCAAACGUCUCAGAAGAGGUGAAGGGCAAAGGUCGUUGGAGCCAGCAGAAGACACGAUCCUCCAAAUCUCCCACCCCAGUGAAACCCACGGAACCAUGCACACCCUCUAAGUCCCGAAGUGCUGGCCCAGAGGAGACCUCGGAGUCACCUACAGCCCGGCAGAUCCCCCCAGAGGCGCGUCGGCUCAUAGUGAACAAAAAUGCUGGUGAAACCCUCCUGCAGCGGGCGGCGCGUCUGGGCUAUAAGGACGUUGUUCUCUACUGCCUCCAGAAAGACAGUGAAGAUGUGAAUCACCGCGACAAUGCCGGCUACACGGCCCUGCAUGAGGCCUGCUCCCGGGGCUGGACCGACAUCCUGAACAUCUUGCUGGAGCACGGGGCCAAUGUGAACUGCAGCGCACAGGAUGGCACAAGGCCGGUUCAUGAUGCAGUGGUCAACGACAACCUGGAGACCAUCUGGCUCUUGCUGUCCUAUGGGGCAGACCCCACGCUGGCCACCUACUCGGGGCAGACGGCCAUGAAGCUGGCCAGCAGCGACACCAUGAAGCGCUUUCUCAGUGAUCACCUCUCGGAUCUUCAGGGCCGGGCAGAGGGUGAUCCUGGUGUAUCCUGGGACUUUUACAGCAGUUCUGUGUUGGAGGAAAAGGAUGGGUUUGCCUGUGACCUCCUACAUAAUCCUCCUGGGAGCUCCGAUCAAGAAGGAGAUGAUGUGGAAGAGGAUGAUUUUAUGUUUGAGCUCUCAGACAAGCCUCUUCUCCCUUGCUACAACCUCCAAGUGUCAGUGUCCCGCGGGCCCUGCAACUGGUUUCUCUUUACCGACGUCCUGAAGAGGCUGAAGCUUUCCUCAAGGAUCUUUCAGGCUCGGUUCCCGCACUUUGAAAUCGCCACCCUGCCCAAGGCUGAGUUCCACCGGCAGGUGGCCUCCAGUCAGCUGCUGACCCCUUCCGAGAGGCCUGGAGGCCUGGACGCCAGAUCCGCCCCAGGCUCCUCUGAGACUGUGGAGCUGGUGCGGUACGAGCCUGAGCUACUUCGGCUCCUAGGGUCCCAGGUGGAGUUCCAGCCUUGGAACAGUUGACCGGGAAACAGCCCCUCCCUUUUCUUCUUUCUCCUCCCGAGUUCACCCUUCCCCCACCUCCCAUGUCCCCCCCGCCGAGCACCAGACUGCAGAAUGAGGCAAUAAUACGGACCAACAAGAAGCCGCCUUAUCAAUGCCAGCAUUAGUGACUGGAUUUUUUUCUUUUUGGUUACAAUUAGUUCUCCCUGUCAUCGUCAUUGUUGUCAUGGUUGGUGAUGGGGGUGGAAAGUUGAACUCCACGUCUGAGGACAAGAGGUCCCAGGGGUGGUGGGAGGUGGUGCCAGGGUCCCUUGGACUGGCCUCCUUGGGUAUGACCAAGACCAAACCUGGGCCCUGGGUGGCCGCGGCCUGGCCGGAGGAGAAAUGAGAAAAGCCCAAAUCUCUGAGCGCCCCCUCCGUUCCCCUGUGUUCUUCUGUCUUCCAUAGUAUUUAUUUUAUUAGUAUUUAAUUUGUAUUGUUUCAUUGGUUUCUGAUAAGUCUGUAUCACUGUGAUGAUUUGAGACAGCUUGUUGUAUUGAGGGACUUUCUUCACCUCCUUUCUUUGUCUUUCUUGAUAAGCUCUGGAGCUGCUCCCCCCUCUGACAAAGUACUUCCAGGCUUCCCCCCCAGCCUGCACUGGGGAGGGG